GGUGUUUCUAAUGUCAAACUGGGGGGUCAAUGAGUGGGAGCGUCAAAUCUGAAAUUGUCUUUUAGACUUUUCAUUCUCUACCUAUGGUCCCCUCCUCCCUCCCUCCCUCCCUCCCUCUCUCUCUCUCUCUCUCCGUGUGAAAGCUUUGGGGGGUUAGGUUUUUUCUGGGAAGGAGCUUCGAUGUUCAAUCCCUAGAUUCGAUAUCAAUCUUGGGUGAUUCUCCCGUGACGUGAGUUCAGCAGCUGGCCGCUUUCUGUUUAUUGAAUCAUGAAGAGGCUGAGAUCAACCGAUGAUCUUGAUUCUUACGGAGACAAGAGCUCGAAUCGCUCUUCUUCUUCUUCCCACCGCAGCUUCUACUACAGCAAACCCAGUGAAGCUCCGCACAAAGGGUUGCCUACUUCCUCGUCGUCGAGAUACGACAGGGAUCGUCCAGUAGAUGAGGAUGGCCGCGACAGCUCGAGGUCAUUGCGGAAGCGAUCUGAUCAUGAUUUGGAGAGCUUUGAUCGGAGAAAAGGGCCAGGGUUUGAUAGGUACAGUGAAAGGAAGGGCUACGGUGGUGAUUUUGCCGAAAGAGAUGGUUACAGUGGAUAUCGGGGCUUGAUUCACCGGUCUGAGAGCUUUUCAGGCUCCAAGAGGGAGUUUCCGAAGGGGUAUAGAUCCCAACGGGACCGGUCACGGCACGAGGGGAGUGCAUCAACAUCUUCAUGGCAGAGGAUCGGGAACAUGGGCAAAGAUUUUGACGAGAUUAGAGGAGUCAGAGGCAGUUUUAUGGAGGACAGGGAGAGGAAGGGAUUGAGGGAGGUGAGAUCCCCGAGUAGGUCUAAAGAUUCGGGGAGUGAGCAGUCAAAAAAGGGUUUCAGGGAUGGGAAAGCGAGGGAGUCAGAUAAGGAGAAGUCGCCCAGUAUGUCAAGAGGAGAUUCGGGGAAUGAACUGCUAUCAAAAUCUAGGUCUCCAUCAAAUAGAUUUAUUGAUAGGAGAGUUAAAGAGAAGGAGAGAUCGCCGAGCUGUUCGAGCGAGCGAUCUAGGAGCGUCGAAGCUAAGAAAAACGAGGAUGUUCAAGUCGAGUGUGGCAGCACCAGUGAAAUGGAGGAAGGAGAGCUUGAACCAGAAACCAAAUUAGGACCUGAUCCGGUCGCUGAAGCUGGGAGAGGGAAUGGAAUGGCAAGCCUUCGGAGAGAUGAGCAGAAGGCAGAUGAGGACUUGCCAGAUCAAUCAAAGAGUACGGGGAGCAGCACCCCAAGUGGCAGCAGCUGUGGUAGUGGAGAUGAAGAUGACAGUGAGGUCGGUAAGCAAGAAGAGACGGUUAAGCCUGUGGAUAAAGAGAGCGCUAAAGGAUGUGAACAAGAAGUGAAUGGGCAUCCAGCUGUAGAGGUGCAAACGGGGAUGGAAGUGGUACGGGAAUAUAAUCAAGAAAAUGCUAUCGAUCCUGAAGCCAAGACAGGGGAUGUGGCUGUUAUGGAUUCGAGUAAGGGAGUUCGAGAAGAGAGGGCGGUGCCCGAGGGAAGUUCGAGGCUGCCAAGAGAAGGCUCAACUCUUGAUUUCAUGGACAAGGGCAAGAGUAUUGCUGUUGCAGUGACUGAUUAUAUGGAAUCUGUGGAAAUUAGCGCUUCUAUCAAAGAUGAGUCUAGGGAUGAGACCCUAAACAAGGAAAUCUGUUUGGAAGGGCCAAGUGCUAGGGGCUUUGAGCUGUUUUCUAGCUCUCCUGUUAGAAAACCAGAGAAAUCAGAUCAGUCGGGUUUCAAUAAACUGAAGGAGGAGAAGCGGCUUUUGGAGCCCCUUGAUCUCUCUCUCAGCUUACCUAACGUUCUUUUGCCCAUUGGUGCUCCAGAGACAUCUGCGCCUGCUUCACCCAGUCAAGGAAGAAGCGUCCAGUCCUGGUCCACCUUUCGCACUAAUUCUGAUGCCUUUACCAUGUCCAUGUCCUUUUCCGGUUCACAAUCCUUUUUCCAUAACCCAAGUUGUUCUCUGACUCAGAAUGAAAUGGACUUCGAGAAAUCUGUUGGUAGCCGUCCAAUAUUUGGCGGGGUUGAUUGGGAGGGCCUGGCACAGAACGAGUCCAAGCAUAAAGAAGUUCCCCAGUAUCCAAGAAUGCAUGGUCAGAAUCAGAAUGGAUCUGUUCACGCUCCACAAGGAGAGCACAUAGGUUCCAACGGUCAGCUAAUGCAUGGUCAGAAUCAGAAUGUAAGGGCAUCAGAAGGAAGCUCCAAAAUGCAUAAGGGCCUCGAGAGGCAACUGAUCUUUCAGAAACAGAUCCCAGGACAGUCAAAGAUCCACGAUGAGGCCAAGUCUCCUGCACAGAGUGUUGGGUCUCAUGAAAUAGGGUCAAGCUACAGCUUUGAGAGGAAGCGGGCAAUGAUAAGGGACAAGAAUGUUGGUGGCUUACAUCGGACUGCUAGUCUGAAGGAGGGGGAGCAAAUAUGGUUUGGUGGGGUUGAAUUCUUCGAGGCAAUUAUUGAGAAGAUAAUCACUGAACCAAUAUCUGAGAUGGCUCGGAAAUUUCACGAAAUGAGAGGAGAUGUUGUGGCAAGUAUGAAGGACCGCGCUCGCGAGAUCAUGCUAAAUCCCGAUAAGCAUGGCCAGCUGCUGGCAUUUCAGAAAGCUCUUCAGAAUCGUUCAGAUAUAACCUUGGAAGCCCUGCUAAAUUGUAACCGGACUCAGCUGGAAAUCCUGGUUGCUAUGAGAACUGGGUUGUCUGAUUUUCUUCAGCCAUCUAGUGGGAUUUCGUCAUCUGAUCUGGCCGAGGUUUUCCUCAAUUUGAAGUGCAGAAAUCUGGCUUGUCGGAGUGCGCUGCCUGUGAAUGAAUGCGACUGCAAGGUUUGUGGUCCGAGGAAUGGAUUUUGCAGCGAUUGUAUGUGUCUCGUGUGUUCCAAGUUUGACUUGGCUUCGAAUACAUGUAAAUGGGUUGGAUGCGAUGUCUGUCUCCAUUGGUGCCAUGUGGACUGUGCGCUGAGAGAAUCAUACAUUAGAAAUGGACAGAGUGCUACCAGUGCUCAAGGAGCCACGGAGAUGCAAUUCCAUUGUGUUGCUUGUGAUCAUCCUUCUGAGAUGUUUGGCUUUGUUAAGGAAGUUUUCCAAAACUUUGCUCGGGAAUGGACUGCUGAGAAUCUGUACAGGGAACUGGAAUAUGUCAAGCGGAUUUUCCAUGGCAGCAAGGAUAUAAGAGGGAGGCGACUGUAUGAAAUUGCUGAUCAGUUACUGCCAAGAUUGGGAAGUAAGGCUAACCUGGCUGAGAUAUAUAGCUACAUUAUGAGCUUUUUGAAUGAUGGUGAUUCUUCCAAGUUUGGGAACACUGUGCCUUCGGGCUCUGAGCAAGGAAGAGGUGGCAAUGGAGUUCUUGGAGCUAAGCAGGAUAUGGUAUGGGUUAAAUCCGUUUAUUCGGAGAAAGCUCCUCUUCAGAUGGAGCAUGGUAACACCUUGCUUCCGAGCUCCAACCUUGACAGGAAUGAGAAGCUUACCUCAGCUUCAGAUUUACAGAGGAGCUCUCAGAAGCCAGUUUUUGACGAACUGGACAGCAUUAUCAAAAUCAAACGAGCAGAGGCCAGUAUGUUCCAAUCACGUGCUGAUGAUGCAAGAAGAGAAGCCGAGGGCCUCAAACGUAUCGCGAUGGCCAAAAAUGAGAAGAUUGAAGAGGAGUAUGCAGCCCGCAUCGCUAAAUUACGGAUCGCGGAGGCUGAAGAAGACCGUAAACAGAAGUUUGAAGAGCUUCAGGCUUUAGAGAGGGCUCAUCGGGAUUACUUUAAUAUGAAGCUGAGGAUGGAAGCAGAUAUUAAAGAUCUCUUGCUGAAGAUGGAAUCAACAAAACGAAAUCUUGCCAUUUGAUUUUUCAUUGAUACUUUCUCAGGUAGUCUUACAAUGAACCCGGAGUAUGAUGAUGUAAUUCUAUGUUCCAGCUUGGUGAUUCUUGCUAUGUAGGUGUUGUCAUCUCUUUUAGCUUUCGGUUUUCGUUUUCGUUUUCAUUUUCGCAACUGAUCAGAAUCUGUACAGGGACUCCUCCUGCCCCUCAAAUUUCUAUAGAAUAGUUUCCCUGUGUUGAGUCAGUAUUAUGAUGGAUUGAAUGUAAGAUCUCAGUGUCUUCGCAGCUGUUGAUGUUCCUUCUUA